ACCGGAGACCAAAAAGGCCAUCCGCUGGUCACCCACGCCGUCUCGCGCGUCGGCGUCGCGCCACCCAACCGUCCGGCGGGACCGCUGACUCUUCGCCCCCGCCGCGCGCGCGCGUCCUGUCGUGGCGCGGAGCAAGAGCAGUUCAGGUCGGUGGGGAUGCCGGCCGCGGCGCGGUCGUGGACGUGGACCUGCGCGUGCUGCGCGGGGAGGAGGAGGAGCGGCGGCGGCGGCGCUGCAGGCGACACGGCGGGCGCGUCGGGUUGCCGCGCCGAGGAGGGGGACGAGUGGAGCCUCUUCAUCGACCUGCCCGUGCUCGAGGCCGCCACCGGCGGAUUCUCCGACGACAACCUCCUCGGCCGCGGCGGCUUCGGCCCCGUCUACAAGGGGGUGAUGGAGAACGGGCAGCAGAUCGCUGUGAAGAAGCUGUCGAUGGGGUCACGGCAAGGCGAGCGCGAGUUCCUCAACGAGGUCCGGCUCCUGCUCAAGGUGCAGCACCGCAACCUGGUGUCUCUGCUUGGCUGCUGUGCUUCCUCCGGCCAUUUCCUGCUCGUUUAUCCCUACUUCCCCAAUGGCAGCCUCGACCACAUUCUCUUUGACAGGAAAAAGUGUGUCCAGCUAGAUUGGCCAAAACGGUACCACAUAAUCAUCGGAUUGGCAAGAGGGCUCCUGUACCUUCACGAAGAAUCUCCGGUGAAGAUCAUCCACAGAGACAUCAAGGCGAGCAACGUGCUCCUUGACGACCAGCUGAACCCAAAGAUUUCAGAUUUCGGCAUGGCAAGGCUGUUCCUGGAGGACGCCACGCACGUGAACACAUUCAGAAUCUCCGGCACAUAUGGUUACAUGGCUCCAGAGUACGCAUUGAACGGCUACUUGUCCACCAAGACUGACGUCUUUAGCUUCGGGAUCCUGGUGCUGGAGAUUGUGAGCGGACGGAAGAACAUCGUUCGGCAUUCGGAUGACCAAAAGAUCGACCUCUUGAAUUAUACAUGGAAGCUGUUCGAAGAAGGACGAUCCCUGGAGAUCGUGGACCCGUCGCUGUCCAACCCCGACGACAGCGAGCAGGCGCUGCUGUGCAUCCAGCUCGGCCUGCUGUGCUGCCAGGCCGUGGUGCCGGACCGGCCCGACAUGCACAGCGUGCACCUGAUGCUGUCCAGCGACUCGUUCACGCUGCCCAAGCCCGGGAAGCCGGCGAUCCAUGGCAGGACCGGCCGGUGGACGACGACGACGACGACGGGGACUUCAGGAUCCGCGUCGGCGGCGUCGGGCGCCUCCAACACGAACACCACCAGCGGCGGCAGCACGUUCGGCACCGACACGAACACGACCAGGGCCUCUGUGCUGGCCAAUAUCGCCGAGGACGAGUCUCGGAACUCCAUUUCCAUAUCCUUCACCACGGAAGGCCGGUAGACGCAAUGCAGAGUACAAGAAAAUGAUCGAUAGAUACUGUUAGCGACAUGUAGCUGAGUAAUUUGUGAAGAGGGCCUUGUUUCGUAAUCCUAGCUAGCUAGGUUGAUUGUAGAGUUCCAUUCAUAUGGCGUACAGUUGGGGCUUGAGAGAAUGCUAGACUGUCGAACUUCCUUGCUAAACUGAGAUUCAGUAGAAUUGCUAAACUAAGAUUCAGUAGAUGCAGCAGAGGGUGACUACUGAAAGCCUAUUGCUGAAAGUUGUUCAGGGUAGUAGCUUUGCUUUUGGUGAGGUCUAGUGAUUUGUGGGCUUGUGGCGCAUCUCUGAACAGCACCAAGUUUGCUAUCUUUCUUGACGCAAAAUAAAGAGACAGUGGAUUAGCUA